CCGCUCUCUCUCUCUCUCUCAAAACUUACAGGCAAUGAAGAAUGAUCAAGUGGUGACAGACCAAUUCCACAAACCCAGAAGACGCAAAUCCCGGGAAGUAAGCUCUCGGUUUCUAUCGUCGCCAACCACCGCAGAAACGACCACUCUCCCAUCUACGAACCACCCCAUCUCGCCGGUUCGCCGCAAACCCAUUUCAUCUUUCUCCGAUGCCCGAAAACCCAAAAUCGACGAUUCGGGCCCCAACCGCGAACUAUGGCCCUCCUCAAUGUCGUCGCACAAGAAGCUCGACACUCUCGCCGAUCACCUCGGAAACGACGGGCAGCGAAGAUCGAAUCGAACGUAAAGGUUCAAUCUUUGACAGACAGAGGAGCUACAGUGAGUUUGGUUUGUUGGAUAAUCCGAAAGAAAACGCUAAAGAAAAUCACAGACCCAUUUUUGGUGGGUCGAUGAGAUUCACUGGAAAAUUCAGGUUUCCCGGAAAAUCUAACUCGUCUUCUUCUUGUACUUCGUCGUCUUCGAGCAAUUCAAAUGUGGCUGCUCCUCGGAGAUUUUCAGUGGACGAAAAUGCUCUGCAUCAGAAGUCGUCUCGCCGAACUUCGGAUGGUUUUUCGGAUGCUCUUGAUUCGGGAUCGGAGUGCAGUGACAUCUAUUCAGGGAUGACCAUGGGAUCUCCAAAUGUUGGUCAGAGUGCUCGAAAAUCGGGUGUGGAGGUUUCUUCUAAGUACAUGAAUGAGAUUACUUUAAGGCAUCGGAGACGGACAUCUGAUUCUAACAUCGCAAAUCCGAUAUCUGGAGACAAGUCUCCGAAGCUGAACAAAUUCACCAUUAAAAAUGUGAUCAGGAGGGCUCAUUCGCUGACAGCGACCACACAGUGGGCGCUUUCACCGGGAAGAACAGGGUCGCCGACGAUGUCUGUGGAGAAUAAGGGAGUACAAUUGUCGUCUUCGAGCAUGAAGCCUCCUACGAGUCCCUCAAAAACUAAAGGGGUGGAGAAGUUGCUCAACUCGGGGUUGAACUUGUUCAAGAGUAAAAAAUCUUCAUCUUCUCCGUCUAGUGUGUUGGUGAGGUCUAAUUCGGUUUCUUCAGGGUCAAGUAUGACAGAGAUGGGACAUCAGCUUCGGUUGCUUCAUAAUCGAAUCUUGCAGUGGCAGUUUGCGAAUGCUAGAGCUGAUGUUGUGAAUCAGAACAUAGCAAAUCAAGCACAGCUUAAGUCGUUGGAGUCUUGGGGAGAUAUGGAAAGGCAACAUAUGGCAGCGGUUUGCACGAUGAAAGAGUGUUUGCAUUCUGUUGUUUGCAGGGUGCCCCUCAUUGACGGUGCAGAGGUGGACACUCAGUCUGCUUCCAUUGCUCUUCGACAUGCUUCGAAUCUCACAAAUUCCAUUAAGUUGUUGCUUGCUAAUUUUUCGCCAUUGGUAUGCUUCAGUUGUUUUGUAAUGUUGUAUACCCGGGAUUCAUGUAAUGUGGACUUACAUUGA